UGGCGGCGGAGCUGGCCCGGCUGAACCGCGAGCGGCUCAAGGACGAGAGGAUGCGGCAGCAAGUGAGGGAGAACAGUCUUGAACUUCGAGAGUUGGAAAAAAGGCUAAAAUCUGCCUAUAUGAAUAAAGAAAGAGCUGCACAGAUUGCUGAAAAAGAAGCUAUCCAGUAUGAGAAAAUGAAACGCGAGGCUGAAAUAGCCCAAAAAAUGAGGGAAGAGUAUGAAAGGGUAACAAAAGAAGAAAGCUCUGCAGAGCUGAGGCGAAACCAAGAGAAGAUGAUUUAUCAGCAGGAACUGGAGAAACAGCUUGAGGAGCAAGAGAGGAAGAAGCAGGACGCUUAUGAAGAGUUUCUGAAAGAGAAACUCAUGAUUGAUGAAAUAGUAAGGAAGAUCUACGAGGAAGACCAAAUGGAAAAGCAGCUUAAGUUAGAAAAAAUGAGAGCAACACAGGCAUAUAUUGAAGAAUUUAAAAAAGAGCAAGCUCUCUGGAGAAGGCGGAAACGGGAAGAGAUGGAAGAAGAAAACAGGAAAAUCGUGGAGUUUGCCAACAUGCAGCGGCAACGAGAAGAGGAUCGAAUGGCUAAAGUCCGGGAAAAUGAGGAGAAAAAACAAAGACUUCAAAGCAUGAUUGCCCAGAGUCUGGAAAGAGAACAGCAGAAGCGUGAAGAACUGGAACAAGUCCGACAAGAGCUGCAUCAGGAGGAACAAGCCGAGAUGGAGAGGAAGAAGGAGAUGGCAGAAAUUGAAAAGAGAAUCAGGCAACGUAUAGACUUAAGGCAAACAUACGAAGAGCAACUGGCUUUAAAGAAGAUAGUGCAACAAGCUAUGCAAGAAGAGGAGGAAGCCUUCAGACAAGAGAUGCUAGCCAAAUUUGCAGAGGAUGAUCGUAUCGAGCAGAUGAACGCCCAGAAACGAAGAAUGAAACAGCUUGAACACAGAAGGGCUGUGGAAAAACUUAUUGAAGAGCGUCACAAACAAUUCCUUGCAGACAAGGAACGUGAAUUUGAAGAAAGGCAGUUAGAAGAGAGAAGACAAGAAAACAUUCGUUUAAUUGUUGAAGAAGAGAGACAGAAACUCCUGAAAGAGCACGCAUCUAAGUUACUAGGUUACCUUCCUAGAGGAAUACUCAAAGAUGAAGGUGACAUUAACAUGCUUGGGGAGGAAUUUAGGCUGGCCUAUCAGAAGAGAAGUGGCAACAGGUCUUCAGCAGAGCACUGACAUUUCCCCACCUCCUGCUCUGCUCCACCACUAGAUGUCGUCUGGUUUCUAAUGAAAAUUUCCAUUUGCUCUUGCGUUAGGAGUUCCUCCUUAAUGUUAUAAAAAGAGUCUCCAUUUUAAGACCAGAGCUCUAAACUGAUGAGCAGCUAGUUUUAUUUAAGUGUAUGUUGUGCUUUUUCCCUUCAUUAAUAAACUAUUUGUUAUGGAUUUCUCCAUUACUUUACAUAAGACCGUGAGGUCAGUACCACAGCACUGUUAAAAAAUGUUUUCUCCAGCAACUUUGCAGGAAUUUAAGCUAGUAUAAACUCAGAUGUCUAUGUCAGUAUGGACUAUAUAAUUAUUUUAAAAUACUGUUUUUAAUUUGAAGAUUCAGCAUUACCCUAUUAAAAUACUAAUGUAUUAAAAUGUAGAUUUCUCAUCUUGAAGGGCUGGUCCAAGUUGAGUUGACUG